AUGCUGCUCUACUUUUUUUGUAUUCUUACUGUAGCACCUACAAUAACCCGUCAGUGCGCACCGCAUACCGUAUCCAAGCCGUGGACACAAACCUCCAAUGUCCAGCAUCACCAUCAUCAUCAGACGGUGGAGAAUUACUAUUUGGACAACCGUACUAUCUACAACAAAUUGAUUCAAAUCGAGCAACGAAUUGAGAGAAUUGAGAAAAGGGAGAAUAUAAAUUCACCAGUUCCUGAAAAUCCAAAAUUGCCAGAAACCCCGGAAAAACCAGAGAAAUCAAUCAAAAAGCAGGAACCACCCACAGAAAAGGAGGAAAACCCGGAAAACUCUGGAAAAGACUGCCUCUCCUGCCCCUCAAAGCCACCGAUUUCGGAAAAUUGCGAUGAUUGCUUAUCGGUUACCGUAUCCCCACCAUUCGAAUAUUACUCAUGUAAAGCGAUCGAAGUCCAGUGUGGAGAUGGUGCGAAGAGAUUGAAAAUUUCCGAGAAAUUUUCCAAAAAUAUCAUUGAAAAUAAGUUUAUGAUGGAGUGCAGGAAAGGUUCCUGGAUCCUGAUGGCAAAUCACAAGGAGAAUAUUGUCGAAAGCAUUAGCUGCUUGAAAAAUUGA